UUCGGGGAAGUGGGAAUUCUAGCAGAGUGGUACGGACAUCGCCGACAGAGACCGCAAACACCGAGCACUCCCUUUAAACACGGUCUUAUGACUGAGAACCCGCUCACCACUCAAGCAGCUGGCUACGCAAGGCGCAGACACAACAAACACCGGGACAUGAACAGUGAGAGGGACAUACGCGCACACAAGCUCUCCAGUGACAGUGAUAGAGGACUUUAGUGGACACCAGAUCUUUGGAGAUAACUGUCAGGAAUUGGGACAGAUAGGCGACAUAAUUGUAACCUUCCUAUGUACCUGACUUACAGUGACUCCAUCUCUGUGGACCCCAUCUCUGUGGACCCCAUCUUUGUGGACCCCAUCUCUGUGGACCCCAUCUCUCUGGACCCCAUCGCUGUGGACCCCAUCUCUCUGGACCCCAUCUCUGUGGACCCCAUCUCUGUGGACCCCAUCUCUGUGGACCCCAUCUGCCAUCAACAUCUACAUUUGUCCUUUGACCAUUCACUUCCAAGGUCAUGUGUCGCCUGUCGAUGACCUCGCUGUUCGUCUACUUCUGGUUGGUGGAGAGGGGUCAGUGUGACGCCUUCAGCCUUCAAGACACCAUGGGAGAGCUGCACACAGAGUUCGCCGUCAACCUUUACCAAACGCUCACCGAGACAGAGAACAACUCCAACUUGAUAGUGUCGCCGGCGAGCGUCUCGCUGUCCUUGGGUCUUCUGCAGCUGGGCGCCCGCGGCAACACGCUGGCGCAACUGGUGGCCGCACUGGGAUAUGACAUCAACGAUAUGCAGGUGCAGGACUUCCUGUUGCGGUCGCAGGGGGAUGUGGGUAACUCCAGUCACGGGGUGCGGCUCCGGCAGGCCUGCGACCUAUUCGUCCAGAGCGGCGUCCAGCUACUUCCUGUUUUUACCCAGCAUGCAGCAGCCUUGGGCAACAGCAGUCUGGUGCGAGCCAACUUCAGCCAGCCCAACCACAGCCGAAGCCAGCUGCAACAGUGGGGACAUAACCACGGCACCGGUGAGCCGCUCCAGUCCGGUGGCAGCGGAGAGCUGUUUGGGUCUGGCGAGGCCCAGGAAGAAGCCUUGUGGUGGGGCCAGCGGCUGCAGAUGGCCCUGGUCAACACUGUAAACUUCCGGGGAGUGUGGCAGAAACAGUUCCUCUUCACAGACACCCAGAACCUUCCCUUCACCCUGUUGGACGGCAGCACCAUCAAGGUGCCCAUGAUGCACCAGGCCACAGAGGUCAACUUUGGUCAGUUCCGCACCUUGUCUGAUCAGCGCUACACAGUUCUGGAGCUGCCGUACCUGGGCCGCUCCCUCAGUCUGCUGGUAGCUCUGCCCAGCGACAGGAAGACACCACUGUCCUCUCUGGAAUCCCAGCUAACUCCCAGCGCUGUGGCCACCUGGGACACUGGCCUCCGUAGAACCAAGAUGGAUGUCUUUCUCCCCAGGUUUAAAAUGCAGAACAGGUUCAACCUGAGGUUGAUUCUGCCGUCAAUGGGGGUCAGUGACGCCUUCAAUCCAAUGACAGCAGACUUCACUGGACUCUCAGCAGAGGAAGGCCUGUAUGUGUCAGAUGCCUUUCAUGAGGCCAGGAUAGAGGUAACAGAGGACGGGACCAAGGCAGCGGCAGUAACCGCUAUGGUGCUACUCAAACGAUCCCGAGCUCCCGUCUUCAAAGCAGACAGACCUUUCUUCUUCCUCCUGCGACAAGUCAGCACAGGAUCUGUUCUAUUUAUGGGGCGUGUGGUGAAUCCAGCUGAUCAGGCACCCUAGAACCCCCUUACCUCCACCCUAGAACCCCCUUACCUCCACCCUAGAACCCCCUUACCUCUACUCUAGAACCCCCUUACCUCCACUCUAGAACCCCCUCACCUCCACCCUAGAACCCCAUUACCUCCAUCCUAGAACCCCCUUACCUCCACCCUAGGACCUCUAACCUAGAACCCCCUUACCUCCACCCUAGGACCUCUACCCUAGAACCCCCUUACCUCCACCCUAGGACCCCCACCAACAUACCCUACCCCCGCUCAUAUUCAACCCCAACACACGACCCAUAUUUAUUGGGGACCAGAGGUUUCCAGACAUCCGGAAGAGGGACAAUAUUUGUUGUACAUAUCUGUAAAUAAAAUGUAAAUACAUCUGUGUUUUGCA